UUCACGAUAAAUUCUACGCCUUUUCUUCUACUGUCGCCAACUGCCACUUACUUAUUUUCUAAUAACCAACUAUUAUAUUAUCCUUGAGAUGGAAGAUAGCAUAUACGUUCACUCUAGGUCAGACCACAUGCGCCAUAGUCUAUCUCGAGACUCGAACAUGCCUGAAGACCGGCGAUCUGCUGUGUCUCCAGCUAGUUCUGGAUAUGCUCACGAUAUCCCCACUACUUAUGCUUCGGUUGCGCCGUUUAAUUACUCCGUGCCAUAUGAUACUUCGCUUCCCACCCCGGUAUCUGUUGCUGGAUCUCCUUUGAUGAAUGAACGAGCUGCGAAGAUCAUGCAUCCGUACAACCAACACCGGGAAAACUCACAACAGCCCACCCCUCCAACAACCUCAAGGCCAUGGCCAAACUACCAGAUAAAUGCUCCUGCCGGCCUCAUGGAAAUGCAUGGCCUAGAUUCAUCCCAAUCUUCCAGCGACCAUGGGCAGAUGGUCUCGGAACCUCAGUUCCAAUGGGGCCAGUAUACAGUUUCCAGCAACGAAGCUCCAGAGGAAAUGUCAACACAUAUGACACACCCGUCCCUGUUCUCCGUAGCGCCCACGGACUUAGUUAGGCCCCCGAUUACUAUGCACCCUUCGAAUAUGCCUCUUCCGGCGCCAACGCAACUUCCCGUCAUGCAAAACUCCCCGGACCCACGAGACCUAGGCCCUUCAGUUGGACCAAUGGACGGUAUGCAUCAUCACUACCCUAGUAUGGUACAUCAGCCACAAGUUAUCAUGGACUUUACAUCGUACAGGAGGAAGUCUAAGUCGAGAACCGGACGGCUAGGUAGACCCCCGAAGAGGCCGCGAGCUCAGAACAGAGGACCUUCAAAACGCGACGGUGAGAAUCCCAUGGACCCUCAGCUGUCGUCGCCAAAUGGAGAUGCGUCUUCAACAACCAAGGCGCUGGGCAGAAGUAUUACUUUGAGGCCCGAUGCUCCCGAGAAGGACCGAUUCAUCUUGGAGCUUAGGUGUCAAAUGGACAAUGAUAAAGGGAAGGGGAUAUGGGAGGAGAUAACAAAGAAAUACGAGGAACGCUUCGGGAAAAGACGGCAAGAAUCACUACAAAUGAACCUUACCCGAGCGGUAUUAAAAUAUGCGGAAUGGCCUGCAGAAGAGGACGAAGCCUUAAAACGCGCCGUCGAAGAGCUUGACCGACGUCGGUAUUCGGACUUGGCCAAACUGAUGAAAGAAAAGUAUGGAGGAUGCCAAGCCUGGGAGUGGAAAGAGGGUCACAUCCUAAAGCGCUUAGUCGACCUGGGUAUCGAGGAAUUCGAUCCCGAGGACGUGACAAAGAAACCUCGCCGCAAAUCCAAAAAAGCUACGAGUAAACGGUCAAGCACCAAAUCCUGGGCUUCCCCGGGCUCAACAUUUCCAUACGAGGAAGACAACCGCACGAUAUCUACGAUAUCCUCCGAGCAGGAGAACUAUAUCUUAGAACAUUACUACGAUGCUUCAAAGCCAUAAAUAUAACGAGUGUUUGGAGUCGGCGUGGGGAUUCGUCAGCGUUCACUAAAUGGUAGGGUAAUAUGGCGUUUGAUCACGCUGAGGAUUUUGGGCAGGGCCUUUUGUUUUUUGUUUUUUUUCCUGUUGACUCAUGUGCGUCGUCGGGGGAAGUCUAACGAGGCCUAUGCGGACAAUUUGGCCGAGGCGUUGUGGUGUAAUUUUUGCCUUCGAUUCAGGUACAUAUCACGAGCUUCGCGGCCUUCCUUUCAUUAAGGCUAUGUUCAUAGUUGUUCUAUACCACUCAAAUUCGGUAUUUCUACCGUAUCUAUUAAGUCUAGUUACGUAUAGGUCUACGACGUACUUCUGUAAAGAAAUAGCGGAUAAUUUGAAUAUUGAUGGAAGUUGAUACACUAUAUAAAAUGUGGAAGUAAAUUUAGUUGAUAGGAUCUAGUGUAUUCCGUACAAGGUUCAAGGUUUAAAGAAAUGGUGUCUACAUAAUGAGAGACAGGGACAGGGGGGCAUGCGUGGUGUUUAGACUAGCAAUCAAGUCUUAUAUAUUUAAUUAGUACUGCCACAAUUUUUUCAACCAAUCAGAUACUUAGAAUCGCCCCGCAGUUUGCGACUUUUCCCUUUGCCAUUCUAUCGCAUAACGUCUG